AUGGGUGAAGGUCCAGAGCGAGGACGAGUAAAAAUAGCUGACAUGGGAUUUGCACGAUUAUUUAAUUCACCUUUAAAGCCUUUAGCAGAUUUAGAUCCUGUAGUUGUUACAUUCUGGUAUCGAGCUCCAGAGCUGCUCCUAGGGGCCAGGCAUUAUACCAAAGCUAUUGAUAAAGAUUGGGAGGACAUCAAAAAGAUGCCUGAACACUCUACAUUAAUGAAGGAUUUCCGCAGAAACACGUAUACCAACUGCAGCCUUAUUAAAUACAUGGAAAAGCAUAAAGUAAAACCAGACAGCAAAACAUUCCACUUGCUUCAGAAACUCCUCACAAUGGACCCAAUAAAGAGAAUUUCAUCUGAGCAAGCUAUGCAAGAUCCGUAUUUCCUUGAAGAUCCACUUCCUACGUCAGAUGUGUUUGCAGGCUGUCAGAUACCAUACCCUAAACGGGAGUUCUUGACAGAAGAGGAGCCUGAGGAUAAGGGAGACAAAAAAAACCAACAGCAGCAGCAAGGCAAUAAUCAUACCAAUGGGACCGGGCACCCGGGAAACCAAGACAACAGCCACGCACAAGGACCGCCGCUGAAGAAAGUGAGAGUUGUCCCCCCUACCACUACCUCAGGUGGACUCAUCAUGACCUCAGAUUAUCAGCGUUCCAAUCCACAUGCUGCCUAUCCAAACCCUGGACCAAGCACAUCACAACCUCAGAGCAGCAUGGGAUAUUCGACUACCUCCCAGCAGCCUCCACAGUACUCCCAUCAGACACAUCGGUACUAG